AUGGCAUCAAUCUCCUAUCGACAAAACCCGAACCCCAUUUUUGCACCGGUGACGCUUAUGACGGGUUCGCCAGCGUUUUCAAGGGCUAGUUCCAGUCUCGCUGUCAAUAUGAAGCGUAGUUAUGAGAACGCGCUGAACCUGUUAGAGACGCGCAGGCGGAAGGCCCGACCGACGGCUCCUGCACCAUCAACGGGCCAAGAUUCUCCAAUUCCGAUUGCCUCAGCAGUCAAGGGGAUUCCGAGUCUGGAAAAUGACGUUGACAGACUUAAUAUUAUCCAUGUAACCGGUACGAAAGGAAAGGGCAGCACUUGUGCUUUCACCAGGUCUUUCCUCCAUGCUCAUGGCGUACGAACCGGCUUUCCAAAGCGAAUUGGGUUAUACACAUCACCUGAUUUGCAAUGCAUCCGAGAAAGAAUCCAAAUUGACAACCAACCAAUCACGGAGGAUCUCUUCACUCGGUACUUUUUCGAGGUGUGGGAGACCCUUGCUGCUCCCAAUCAAGCACAGUCUACAAGACAACCCCGCUACUUACAGCUUCUGCUGCUACUGGCCUUUCACACAUUCAUCAAAGAAGGCAUCGAUGCGGCGAUAGUCGAAACGCACCAUGGAGGGGAAUAUUGCGCCACAAACGUGGUGAGGAGGCCUAUCGUGACUGGCAUUACCUCCCUAGGUUUGGACCAUGUCGCCCAGUUAGGCCCUACAGUUGAGGACAUUGCCUGGCACAAAUCAGGAAUUUUCAAACCAGGUGCACCUGCAUUCUCCGUCGUACAGGACCCUGGCCCUGCCGAGGUACUGCAGAAACGUGCGGCUGAAAGAAACACCGCUCUUACCUUCGUCUCGCCCUCAGACACACUUCCAGUGAACAACAGGGUGCUUAGUGUUCCAGUACAACGGCUAAAUUGCUCGUUGGCCAUCCAACUGGCUUCUGCGUUCCUGCAGGCCAAAGAUUCUAAACAAGUACUGAGCUCGGAUGAUAUUUCCAAAGGCAUCGACAAUUUCUCGUGGCUCGGCCGAUUUGAGACCAUUAAGAGUGGAAACUCGCAAUGGUAUUUAGAUGGCGCGCAUAAUCCACUUAGUCUGGAGCAAGCCGCAGAGUGGUUCGCAAAUAAUGUCAACGCCACUGAGAGACCAAUGUACCGCGUCCUGAUUUUUAGCCACUUUUCUGAAGAGCGUGAUGGUGUAGAUCUUUUGACAACCCUGGCACAUGCACUGUCCCGGCACAAGGCUUUACCAAAUCAUGUCAUCUUCACAACCUAUCAUGAGAGAGAGGACGGCUCUACAAGAAUUGAUAAAACCCUCAAGGUGCCAGAAACUCCUUUCCCAGACCUCUGCUCGAUCUAUUCUUCGCUUUGGAAGGAAUUUCACCCUGAUGCGACCGUGUCAACUGAACCAACAAUUGAGCAAGCUAUACGACGUGCGGAACAGAUCAGUCACCAGGAGGGCGCCAUGGAAGCUUUUGUCACGGGAAGCUUGCAUCUAGUUGGAGGAGCACUGAGUCUGCUGCGGCCCUAA